AUGAAAAUAGAUAUUCACAGUCACAUUCUGCCCAAGGAGUGGCCUGACCUCAAGCAGAGAUAUGGCUACGGAGGAUGGGUCCAGAUGGAACAUUCAUGCAAGGGAGAGGCAAAACUGAUGAAGGAUGGAAAUAUUUUCAGGGUUGUUCAAUCCAAUUGCUGGGAUCCAGAAGUGCGGUUAAAAGAGAUGGAUCAGUCAGGGGUGACCAUACAAGCUCUGUCCACCGUUCCAGUAAUGUUCAGCUACUGGGCCAAGCCUCAAGACACCUUAGACCUGUCCCAAUACCUCAAUGAUGACUUGGCAGCUGUGGUCAAGAAGCAUCCAAAGAGAUUUGUUGGCCUCGGAACGCUACCAAUGCAGAGCCCGGACCUGGCGGUGCAAGAAAUGUAUCGCUGUGUGAAUGAGCUGGGCUUCCCGGGGGUUCAGAUUGGCUCUCAUGUAAAUCAAUAUGAACUUGACUCGCCAGAUCUCUACCCAGUAUAUGCUGCUGCAGAAGAAUUAAAUUGCUCCAUUUUUGUUCACCCCUGGGACAUGCAGAUGGAUGGGAGGAUGUCAAAAUACUGGCUUCCCUGGCUGGUAGGGAUGCCGGCGGAGACCACGAUUGCCAUCUGCUGUAUGAUUAUGGGUGGGAUAUUCGAGAAGUUUCCAAAACUAAAAGUUUGCUUUGCUCAUGGAGGUGGAGCCUUCCCAUUUACUGUUGGCCGCAUUAAUCAUGGCUUCAACGUGCGACCUGAUCUCUGCGCUGUACACAACAUAGCACCUCCUCGGAAAUAUCUUGGUGCGUUCUACACUGAUUCUUUAGUACAUGAUCCUCGGGCCCUGGAACUCCUUGUAGAUAUAAUAGGAGAGGACAAAGUGCUGCUGGGUACUGACUACCCCUUCCCCCUUGGAGAGUAUACACCUGGAUCGCUGAUUGAGUCAAUGAAAGACUUCAACAGAUGUUUAAAGGAGAAGCUGUUGUCUGAAAAUGCUUUGAAUUUCCUUGGACUUGACAAAACCAAGUUUCAAUGAAGACGGAUGCCAGUUCUCACGUGGCGCGAGACCACAGCUCGUAUUAUAAUGGAUAACGAGUCAUCAGGAUAAGUUGUGUCAGACCUAGUUCUGCUACAUCAUGGAAAACCCUCUACAUGCCGAUGGUUAGGAAGAUGCCUACAGCGAUGAAACUAGACUGAGACCCCCAGGGCUUGUUUCUCUGGUUUCUUUCAUACGUUUGUUUUAAGAACAAUGCUAAAAAUGAGAUUGAAACAUGAUGCGGGCGAGAGUGAAAAACAGAACAUGUAAAUUUAGAUGUAAGGAUCUAGCCCAUUGUUUCCCAGUUUAUUUAUGAGAUUAAAGCAUCCCUCCAGACCCAAAACUGAAACUUGGAUAGACAGUGGGGGGCACGCUAUAUCAGACCACUAAU